GAAGCAGCGGCAGCAGCAGCGGCGGCCGCCUUUCCGCCGCCGGGGACGCCGAGGCGCGGCUGGUGGCACUGACAUCGCGGCCCUGCCUCUCCUCCCUCGCCCCCGGCCCUCCCCAUGUGAUCGGCUUUAAUCCCGGCAGUGUGCGCGCGUGGGGCUCCAUUCCGCGGUGCCCGGUCUCCGUGCCAGGGUGGGUGCUCGGUGUGCGCUUCUCCUCCCCAUCCCCCUUCCCCCGAGAAUAAAAGAAGAACCGAGAGGCGUGCUCAGAAAAUAAAUAAAUAAGCAGCACACACGCGCAGCCCGGAGCGGAGUCGGCGGGGCUGGCGGCGGCGGAGGAGUGAGGCGGCGGCGGCGCGGGGACGCGCGGAGAGGCAGCAACUUUGAAGCCAGCUCACAGCGCGGAGCUCCGGCCGAGCGGCGUGCAGCGCGGCGGCGGCGGCGGCGUUGAGUGUCUGGCCCGCCGGUCCGGUCGGGGUGUGCAGUCGGACGGACGAGCAGCGCGUCGCUGUCCCCCGGCGGCUGGAGAUGUCCGAGCCCAAGGCAAUUGAUCCCAAGUUGUCGACGACCGACAGGGUGGUGAAAGCUGUCCCAUUUCCUCCAAGUCACCGGCUUACAGCAAAAGAAGUGUUUGAUAAUGAUGGGAAACCUCGUGUGGAUAUCUUAAAGGCACAUCUCAUGAAGGAAGGCAGGCUGGAAGAGAGUGUUGCAUUGAGAAUAAUAACAGAGGGGGCUUCAAUCCUUCGACAGGAAAAAAAUUUGCUGGAUAUUGAUGCACCAGUCACAGUUUGUGGCGACAUCCAUGGACAAUUCUUUGACUUGAUGAAGCUCUUUGAAGUGGGGGGCUCUCCUGCCAACACUCGCUACCUCUUCUUAGGGGACUAUGUUGACAGAGGGUACUUCAGUAUUGAAUGUGUGCUGUAUUUGUGGGCCUUGAAAAUUCUUUACCCCAAAACCCUGUUUUUACUUCGUGGAAAUCAUGAAUGUAGACAUCUAACAGAAUAUUUCACAUUUAAACAAGAAUGUAAAAUCAAGUAUUCGGAACGCGUGUACGACGCCUGCAUGGAUGCCUUCGACUGCCUGCCGCUGGCUGCCCUGAUGAACCAGCAGUUCCUGUGCGUCCACGGCGGUCUGUCUCCAGAGAUUAACACUUUAGAUGACAUCAGAAAAUUAGACCGAUUCAAAGAACCACCAGCUUACGGACCUAUGUGUGAUAUCCUGUGGUCAGACCCCCUGGAGGAUUUUGGCAAUGAGAAGACUCAGGAACAUUUCACUCACAACACAGUCAGAGGGUGUUCAUACUUCUACAGUUACCCAGCUGUGUGUGAAUUCUUGCAGCACAAUAACUUGUUAUCUAUCCUCCGAGCCCAUGAAGCCCAGGAUGCAGGGUAUCGCAUGUACAGGAAAAGCCAAACAACAGGCUUCCCUUCUCUAAUUACGAUUUUUUCAGCACCAAAUUAUUUAGAUGUAUACAAUAACAAAGCUGCGGUCUUGAAGUAUGAGAACAACGUCAUGAAUAUCCGGCAGUUCAACUGUUCUCCACACCCGUACUGGCUUCCGAACUUCAUGGACGUUUUCACGUGGUCCCUGCCCUUUGUCGGGGAGAAAGUGACUGAGAUGCUGGUAAACGUCCUCAACAUCUGCUCUGAUGAUGAACUAGGGUCGGAAGAAGACGGGUUUGAUGGAGCAACAGCUGCCGCCCGGAAGGAGGUGAUAAGGAACAAAAUCCGAGCGAUAGGCAAAAUGGCCAGAGUGUUCUCCGUUCUCAGAGAGGAGAGCGAGAGCGUGCUGACGCUGAAGGGCCUGACCCCGACGGGCAUGCUCCCCAGCGGAGUGCUCUCUGGAGGGAAGCAGACGCUGCAGAGCGCUACUGUUGAGGCUAUUGAGGCUGACGAAGCUAUCAAAGGAUUUUCACCACAACAUAAGAUCACUAGCUUCGAAGAGGCCAAGGGCUUAGACCGAAUUAACGAGAGGAUGCCACCUCGCAGAGAUGCCAUGCCCUCGGACGCCAACCUUAACUCCAUCCACAAGGCUCUCACCUCAGAGACUAACGGCACGGACAGCAAUGGCAGCAAUAGCAGCAACAUCCAGUGACCACUUCCUGUUCACUUUUUUUUUUUUUUUUUUUGAGCUGCAGGGUGUGAUGGGGAUUGCUGCAUAUCAGCAGUUGGAUGUUCUUGCCUCUGGCGGUAGCUUGUUUGCUCUGGGGGCCAGGAAUCGAAUUCAGUUUACACUAUCAUUAAAAAAGAGGGAGAGAGAUAAUAAACUAUAUUUUGGUGGGAGUGGUUAUUAAACACCUCUUUGGGGUAUGCCUUUUAAAAAUGCUUAUAGAAAAAAAGUUUUAAAAAGAAAGCUAAUGCUAGUAUAUACUGCAAUGUUAGGGGAAUGAACAUGUUUUCCUACUGCAUUGGGGACUUCUAUAGAUAGGUUAAUGAAAGGUCUUUUAUUAUGUUACUGGACAUGAAAACUUUGUCUAAUUUCUUACUCUAUUGUACGUUUACAGUUGCAGCACUAAAAAUGGAUGACAUCAAACAUUUUUAACAAAACGAUGUACAAACUAAAUAAGGACUAUUUAUUGAUAAUGUUUUGCUACUCUUGUCAGACAAUGGCUAUAAAAUGAAUUAGGCAGUCUUAAAAAAAAAAAAAAACAGAAAAAGAAAAAAAAAGAAUGUUGCAAAUUUGUUAAAAUGCCAAAAAGGACAGUUUAAUUUUGUAUAGACUGUGCUCACCUCAGGUUUCUUUAGUGUGCUUGAAUGCCCUUCUUUCCGUAUAACACUUAUCUUAUUAAUUUGGCAAUGAAUAUCUUUUCUUUAAGUUUAAAAAAAACUGGAAUUAAUUACAUCUAUCUUUUUUUGCUGUUUAUAUUUAGGGGUUUUUGUUGAUAAAUCAAGUCUUGGUUGUGGCUUGCUGAAUUAAAUAUUUAUGAGUGGUGCAUUUUUAAGUAUAGUGAACAAGACACCAUAUUAAGUACAGUGAUAAAGCAUCUAUAUUCUGUAAAAAAAAAAAUCUGCCUAUGCAUGUUUUUUAAGAAAAAAAAUGGCUGUAUCGGCCUCUACGGGACUGUAAUGCGCUUAGUGGUCUGACAUAUACUGGAAAUAUAUGUAUACUGGCGUACUUUAUAUUCUCUAAAAUGCUUAAUGCCUUUGAAAUUUUGUAAUCAAAAAAGCUUUGAAAAAAUCUAAAGGGGAGAGUAUUCUUAAAAGUUUUUAACAUAAGCUGUCAGUGCACAUAUAGAUGGUUAGCAUGUUGAGCAAACCUUGUGAAAUUUCAAUAAGUUUAUAGUUACACUUGGAACUCUAAAUGCAUGGAAACUGUUAAUGUCAUAACAGUUAGUUACUUUGUUUUGUUCUGUCAUGUGCCACAAAAUAUGUACUUUUUUCACUUUUUUCCCUUUGUAUAUCAGUUACGGGUUACAACUGGUUCAUUCUGAAAACAACAACAGUCCAUUCAUAUUUUUUAACAACUGUAUAAGUGCCCAAGUAAUUCACUACAGCCUAAAGCCUUGCCUUUGUAAUUUGACUUCUGAAAUGUUGGCAAUCAAAGCAUGCACUUGUAACAAUGAAAAAGAAAAAGCAUUUUAUAUUACUACUCAAUAAAAUGUGCAUGAACUUA